AUGAGAGGAACUCGCCCGUCGGUUGGUUCGGCGCGCCGCUUGCGGAGAGUGCUCAUCACCAUGGUGACGGUGUCUGUGUCGGUGCCGGUGUCGGUGGUGCGCAUGCUGGAGGUGGCGCUGACGUGCGUGAGCCUGGCGCUGGUGGCGUCGGCGGGCCACUCGUCCUCGUCCUACUGGGCCUGGUGCAUGUUCAGCUGGGUCCUGUGCUGCGCGCUCACCCUGCUCAUCCUGCUGCUGGAGCUCAGCACCCUCAGCGCCCGCCUGCCCAUCUCCUGGGACGACUUCACCACCGCCUUCGCCACGCUGGCUGCCCUCAUGCUGCUGGCCGCCUCCGUCAUCUACCCCUCCGUCGUCUUCUCCUGCCCCGGCUGCGGGCGCCAGGUGGGCGCCACGGUGACGUCGUGCCUGGCGUUCGUGGCGUACGCCGUGGAGGUGGGUCUGAGGCGGGCGCGGCCGGGCGAGGUGAGCGGCUUCUUGACCACGGCGCCCGGGCUGCUGAAGGUGCUGGAGGCGUUCGUGGCGUGCAUCAUCUUCAUCUCGCUGGACGCGGGCCGCGUGGCGGAGAUGCCGGGGCUGCAGUGGUGCGUGGUGGUCUACGCGCUGUGCUUCGUCUUCUCGCUCCUCGUCAUCCUCCUCACCGUGUGCCGCGUGCUGGGCGCGUGCCCGUGCCCGCUCAACCAGGUGCUGGUGGGCUUCAGCGCGGUGGCGGCGCUCAUGUACGCCACCGCCGUCGUCGUCUGGCCCGUCUACGCCUUCCGGAACAAUCCGCGGCCCCCCGGCUGCCACCACUGCUCCUGGGACGGCAUGGUGGUCGUGUCCUUCAUGACCUGCGUCAACUUCAUCGCCUACGUGCUGGACACCGUCUACUCCGUCCGCCUCGUGUUCUUCGUCACCACCUCUUAGACCAUCCUCAUCCUCAUCACCAUCCUCAUCAUCGUCACCAUCAUCACCAUCAUCUUCUCAUCCACACCGUCCGCCUGGUGUUCUUCGUCACCACCUCUUAGACCAUCCUCAUCAUCACCAUCCUCAUCACCAUUAUCAUCAUCUUCAUCCUCACCAUCUACUCCGUCCGCCUGAUCUUCAUCACCACCUCUUUGACCAUCCUCAUCAUCAUCACCAUCAUCAUCACCAUUAUCAUCAUCUUCAUCCUCACCAUCUACUCCGUCCGCCUCGUGUUCUUCGUCACCACCUCUUAGGCCAUCAUCCUCCACCGCCAUCUUCUCAUCUUCAUCCUCCUCCUCCCCAUCAUCAUCAUCAUUCUCUUAUCCUCCUCCUCCAUCUCAUCACCCUCAUCGACACCAGCAUCAUACAUUGACCGCCCGGGACAUUAUUAAGGACUGAAAUAUUGGAGGCCAGGUUUAGACUGCACCUGGUUUAGACCCCAGCAGAUCAGGCACCGUGAGUCUGCAGCUAGUUUGUGUGCGUUAACACCUGAUGCUAAUAUUCAUUUGUUAACACCCGAUGCUAACAUGCCCAUAUUCAUUAAUAUAUGAUGCUAAUAUUCAUUUGUUAACACCCGAUGCUAA